AUGACAGCCGAGCCAACCUUCCAAUCACAUGUGCACUCCCCCCCGGAAGAUUGCCUUUUGUUUUCCCACCGUAAGAUCCGCCCAGGCCACGUAUUCAGAGCUUCGGAUGGGAUAGUUAUGGUGUGGAAGUUGGAGAACAGGGGCCGAAGCCUGGUUCUGUUAGCGAGGCUACCACAAAUGGGGGAGGACAUGUACCGUUGGCAUGAUCUCAAAACUAGAGGAUUUUACGGGUGCUCCCUGCAAGCUGGCAACGGUGCUCCACUGAACUGUGCACUUGAUUUCCACUGA